ACGUCGACAGCCACCCGAGGCGCAGCGCUCUCCGUCCAGCGCCGACAAGUGCACCUCCGCGGCCGCCCUGCCGCGCACGCCACCCGGCGCCGUGCUCCACGGCAUCCUCCUCGUGAGCUCGACGACGCUGACCUCCCCGCCGCAGUGUGACGCAGUGCCCGGCGCCGCCCGUGGUGCCCCGGGUCCCGGGGGCAGGCCUGCCGCGCGGCUCCACCCGCCCCGAGGAUGCUGCCGAGCUGCCCAGUGCCAUGAUGGGGUACCCGUCCGCCCUGGAGCCCGCGCACCCCGCGCACCCCGCGCACCCCGCGCACCCCGCGCAGCACUACGAGCCCCCGCCGGCCGCGUGCACGGACAACUCCAGGCGCUUCUCCGUGACGCGGCUGCUGGAGCUGGAGCGGCCGGGCUGCGGCCCCGCGCCCGCGGCGGCGCCCGCGCAGCACAGCGACGACGAGGACUGCUCGGGCGCCCCGGGUGCUCGCCGCCGGUCCUCCCAGAAGCCCCGCCGGAACCGCACCACCUUCAGCUCGGCGCAGCUGUCCGCCCUGGAGCGGGUGUUCGAGCGCACGCACUACCCGGACGCCUUCGUGCGCGAGGACCUGGCGCGGCGCGUGCAACUGAGCGAGGCGCGCGUGCAGGUGUGGUUCCAGAACAGGCGCGCCAAGUUCCGCCGCAACGAGCGAAGCGUGCUCUCCCAGCGGGGUGGGCUCGGGCUCGGCCUCGGGCUCUCUGCCACCCCCGCCCCGCUCACCUCCCCGAUGUCGCCGCUGGGGGCCCCGGGCGGCCUGGGGGCGGGCCUCGGCCUCGGCGCGCUGCCCGCCUCCUUCUGCCCGCCCCCGCCGCCCCCCUGCGCGGACCAGGGCGCGGACCACGGCAGGCACCUCGCCGACGGCCAGGUGGUCCCCGACUACUCCAUGCUGUGGAAGUCACCCACCGUGGCCGAAGGGCUGGGCCCGGGCCUGUCAGAAUCCUCCCUGCUGCACCACGGCCAGCCCAACCCGUCCUGCGCGUUCAUGGCUUCAGGCCUGCCGCCGUCCUACAGCUCGUCCAGUGCGCCCUCCUACAGCGUCACCAGCAGCAUCGCGAACCUCAGGCUGCGGGCGCACGAGUACAGCAGGGAUGCGCUGACCUAUUACUAAAUGAGAACCGUAGCCGGCGCGCGCGGUGUCGUUGAAAGUUUCGAAAAUUGAACGCUUUCCGCAUAUUAUUAGUGCUAUUUUCGACGAGGUCUCUUGUUCCAAGUGAGAAAUGAGUUAUCUUCAACGUCGACUCGACGUCGAGACAGUCGAAUAAACGUCAUUUUGUCCUCCCAAAUCCACAUCUUUUCGAUAUUUCGACGUCGAUUCGACGUUGAAUCCGCGUCCCCAUUUCUCACUUGGGUUAUUACCAUUAAAGAGGGAAUUCCGCUGGCCUCUUCCUUGACUAGUCAAAAAUGUGGAUUAAACAUAAAACACAAAGAUGCGAUACCCAGUGAGAAAUGAAAUAUCAGACCGAUAUCGAAACGAUAUCGAAUAUCAGAUAUGUGUCAGUUUCAGGACCAUCUCAGUGUCGAAGUGAUGCGAAAAUUGACAAACUAUAUCGUUCUGAUAUCAGUCCGAUAUUUCAUUUCUCACUGACAAACUGUCUUAUUAACACGAAAUCGUUACGCCAAAGCCACAUUGACGCCGUGAGAGUAAUGUCCAUAACGUCAGUAACAGCAGUAUAUAUGGCCUAAAUGUUUACUUAUCAUGAUAUUAUGAUGAACAGUGACCAUUUCGCGUUCUUAGAUAGUUACUUACGUACGACUGACUGAAACUAUGUGUACACUCUUUUAUCAAAUAAAUGGUUCAAA